AUGGACCCAGGGAAAAAAGAUCUUUUGGCUAAAAUAGGAACAGGGGGCAUUCCAGAUGUCCUGUUAAAGACAGCUGGUUUUCCUUUUGCAUCUGAAAGUGGCAUUCAGUACACUGUGGAGGCCAGUGAUCUGUCCUAUAACUCUCUAGGGUGCCUGAAAAGUGGUCAGUCAUUCUUCAGCCGAAAGGACUCCAUCCGAACCAUCUACACAUCUCUGCACAAUGAGCUGAAGAAGGUGGUGGCGACGGGUCGCAAUGCACUAGGAGGAACAGCUCCUCACUUGGAAGAGCUGCUUUCUCACCUGUCUGAACAGCUGUGUUUUUUUGUUCAGGCGCGGAUGGAAAUUGCUGACUUCUAUGAAAAAAUGUUCACCCUCAGCACCCAAAAGUUCAUUAACUCUGAGGAACUGGUAAACAUUUUGGAAUCCAUCCUAAAGAAAUACAGCUCCAGAUUUCACCAUCCAAUCCUCAGUCCUCUUGAAAGCAGCUUUCAGCUGGAAGUGGAUGUGCUUGCACAUCUUUUAAAGGCUCAGGCUCAGAUCUCAGAGUGGAAGUUCCUCCCAUCUCUAGUCAACUUGCACAGUGCUCACGCAAAGCUGCAGACGUGGGGCCAAAUAUUUGAGAGACAGCGAGAGACUAAGAAACAUCUGUUUGGAGGGCAGUCUCAGAAGGCUGUACAACCGCCGCACCUUUUCCUCUGGUUGAUGAAACUCAAAAACAUUCUCCUUGCCAAGUUUAGCUUUUACUUUCACGAGGCCCUUAGUCGCCAAACAGCUGCAUCCGAAAUGAAAACACUGACUGCUAAAACUAACCCUGAUUAUUUUGGGAAAAUUUCCAGUUUCAUCAGGAAAUAUGAUGCUGUUAAUGUUUCUCUUAUCUUUGACAACCGUGGGUCUGAGAGCUUCCAGGGACAUGGCUACCAUCAUCCCCACUCUUACAGGGAAGCCCCUAAGGGGGUGGAUCAGUACCCAGCUGUGGUCUCACUGCCCAGUGACAGGCCUGUAAUGCACUGGCCCAAUGUAAUCAUGAUUAUGACUGACCGAACCUCUGACCUCAACAGUUUGGAUAAGGUUGUUCAUUUCUAUGAUGACAAAGUCCAAAGCACAUACUUUCUUACACGUCCUGAACCUCAUUUUACCAUUGUAGUUAUUUUUGAGGCUAAGAAAUCAGAGAGGGACUCACAUUUCAUUUCUUUUCUCAAUGAAAUUUCACAGUCCCUCAAGAACUCCAAAGCUUUUGCAAGCCUAAAGCCUGGAGCCAAAGGAUAAAAUAAAUAUUGAGUUACAGAUUGCCAAGGCACUACAGUAGACUGGAAAAAACAAAUACUAUAGCUGUCAAGGAAUUGUAUUCAUUCAUGUUUUGCAGAGUUUAAUUAAAAGAACUAUUUCAAUA